AUGGCAAAGCGCCGCCCCGCGCCCAACUCGCGCGGAACCCGGACAGGACGGCGGAGCGAAACGACGCGCAACUCGUCGAAAGUGGCGAAAGUGGCGAAGGCGAAGAAAGCGCCGAGCGAUGCAUGGAAUUUCACCAAAGUGGCCGUGGAUUUCAUCGAGCAGUCCACUGAGGAUGCCAACGUCUGGCCAGCGCUGCUGACCACGCCCACGGUGGCCUUGCACGCGCGGAAGAUGCUCAUGGCCAAGGUGGGCUGGAAUUGCGUUGUCUUCUUCAAAAACGUCAGCUACGCAGCAGCGAACUGGAUGAUGGAACGUGCUGCACCUCAAGGUGAAGCGCGACCCGUCUUCGCCAAGCGCAUCGCCCUAACGGCCUUAGUGGGCCCCUCGGGCCCGGCGCUGUCCCCGGCGCCACGCUUCGCGGCGCCGGCGUUGCCGGCCACGCCGCGGACGCCCUCGCUGCUGGAGGAGUCCGCUGCGGAGUCGCCGGUGAGGAAGGUACGCAGGCGCCUACGCUUUAAGCAAGGUUAUGAUGCGAAGCUGGAACUGAUUGGAGAGAGCGCAUUGGGAUCUUUAAGUCUGGAGCUCACGGCCUCGAUCUUCAGCUUUCUGGACGUCCGCACGAAGAUCUCAGCAGUCUUAGUGGCUUCCAUGGGCCUGCGGGAGGUGAUGCAUCAACGUGGUACCUGGGAGCCCAUGGUCAUCGAGAAAUCCGUGGGCCGUGGCCUGUUGCAUAAACUGAAGCACAAGGAUCCAUUGUGUUAUUUCACGGAGGAACGGCUCUCCGCGCGCAAGAGCUUUCCACGAGGUUUCUUUGAAGUGACCACCUUGGAGAUAGAUCUGAUGGACCCUGAGCGUGUGGAGGCCGUCCAAUCGGACACUGAAGACGAUGCACCGCGACCGCUGAUGGCCUUGAUCCCCGAUCCGCUGGAUGAGAUCCUGAAACGUUUGAAGCACUACUUCACCUGGGUCUCUGAUCUGACGAUCCGCAACAUCGAGGAUUAUCGCAUGGAUUAUCGCUUCGUGGAGCUGCGUUGCCACGAUCUGUGCAGCUUUCCCUAUGUCCUGCUAUGCCAUGGUGCAACCCAUGUGCCCCAGACCUACUGCCUGCGCGCCAAGCGCGACUCGGUAGAACAAAUCAUGGGCUGGAUCGCUGACUAUAGAAAGCCCAUAGUCAGCAAUAUAUACCAACAUUUCUAUCUAUGA